AUGAGAACUUCUAAGGAGGGUGAAGGGGUGGUUGGAAGCAAAAAGAGGUUGCAAUUAAACCAGGUUCUUGAAUUGGAUGGGGAGGAAAAGUUGUUGGAUGAUGUAGGGGAAUAUUGUAGUGAUGAUGGGUUUGACGAAGAUGAUGGGGUAGGUGAUGCUGUAGAGUCUGAAGAUGGGGGAGUUGGGGACGUAGAAGUUGGUGAAGAACAUUGGGAAGAUGACGAGUAUGAUGUUGUUGAUGAUUAUGAUGAAGCAUUAGAUGACGGAGAUGAAUUAGAUGAAGAAUUGUGUAUUGAAAAUGAUGAUGACCUGAAUGAGGUUAAUGAUGAUAAUUAUGAUGAAUCCGGAGAAAUCGGAGUAGGGCGAAACACUACUUGUAUGGAGGAAGAAGACAUUGGCGGCCCUGGUGAUGGAGAAGGGGUUUCAACCAAUAACUCAGAUAUGUAUACAACUCCUACGAAGCGAAACAAAGGUCCCGUUCUACCGACCCCUUCUGUUGGAAUGUCAUUUGAUAAUUGGGAAGCACUGAAUAACUAUUUUCGAUCCUAUGGGGAGCAACAAGGUUUUGGUGUAGUGUGUAUGGGAGGGAAUAAGAGCGGGGUGAAAGACAGUGAAACGGGCAAAUCGAAUUCCCUGAGGACCUAUGUUUGGAGGUGUGAGUGCCAUGGACGGCCAAAAUACCGGCGGAUGGUGAAUGGAAGGGUAGUUACCUGCGUAGAGGAACCAAUUCUUAAGAGGAAGACGAAGAAGUGUAGUUGCCCUGUUAUGCUAUAUGGUGCUCGGACCAAAGAGAAUUUAUGGGUUGUGAAGAGUGUUGUUACUGAACAUUUGAAGCACAUUCCCACUCCUACCAAGUCCAACCAUAUAUCCAUGUUCCGGGUUAGGAAAAUAACUCAGACAAUCCUAAAACAGAUUGAAAAUGAUCACGAUUCAGGUGCACCUGUGGCUCAGAUUUUCAAUAACUUAGCGGGAAGAAGGAAUGGUGUAGAGAAUAUUGGUUUUACGAAGAAAGACGUGCAUAAUAUUUUGAAUAGGAGGAUGCGAUUGAGGCUACGAGAUGGGGAUGUUGUUGCAAUGAUAAAUUAUUUAGAUAAAAUGACAAAGGAUAAUAAAAAUAUUUUCCAUCUCCACCGGCUUGAUAAAACAGGGAAGUUGCAGGAUGUAAUGUGGGUUGAUGCUCGUAGCAGAGCCGCGUAUGAGUAUUUUGGGGAUGUCGUUUGUUUUGACUCCACGUACUUGACAAACAAGUAUGAGUUGCCAUUUUCGAACUUUGUUGGGGUGAAUCACCAUGGGCAAACAAUUUUGCUUGGAUGUGCAUUAGUGUCUCAUGAAACCGCGGAAACGUUUGUUUGGCUCUUUAGGGCAUAG